UUUUUUUUCUGCAUCUCACAACAACAGUGAGAGAAAACAAAUGGAAACAAUGUUAAAACUGAACACCAUUAGUUAGAAACUUUAGUUUGAAGGCUCUGGCAGGAAGUUUUCUUCUUUUCUUACUAAUGUUCCUGUCUGCCGCCCUCAGAGAGACGACCCCCGAGGUUCAACCGCAUCUUUAAAGAUCAUGAGUUUGUAAACCCAGUUGAGACUUUACAGACUGGUGACAAAUUAGAGGAAACACCUGAAUAACGGAUGCAGAUGCUUGCAUACAUUGUGGACAUUCAACGUCCGGUCCCUAUAUAAACCAGGCACUGCGGUCAAGCCCAGAUCUCAGCCCACCUGAACAGCCAUGGGAGAGUCUGGAGCGCCGUGCUCAGACAGCGCUCUCCACCACCACCAUCAAAACACCAAAUGAGGGACUGCGUUUAUCGCUCCAGUAGAGUUCCACACACUUCCAGAGAAUUCAAGGUCUACCUGAUGGCUACCGAUGGCUGCUCCCCUGCUAUAUUUUUUUGUACAUGUGAGAAUGCCUUCUACUUUGAAGUCCACGGCUCCCUAUUUAAAGCGGCUAAAACAGAUGUGGUUGAAGACAAUUUCAAAAUUUCCGAUCAGCACUGUAAACAUUUGAUCCGAAGCGAGGACAACAAAUUCCUGCUUUUAAAUGCUGAGGGACAAUUUCAAGUGCAAAACUUAACUACACAGCAGCAAUGUCAGGCGGACUGCAAAUUCAACAUCCAGAUUUACAAAGAAUCUAGCCAAGUGGGAAGGAAGGGGAGGGCGGUCAUGCUAUAUGCCAAUAGAGAUGGCAAGAAGAUAGUGGCGUGCUGCAAUGAGAAGCAUGAAAUUUAUCCUGAGGCAAUGGAUCUUCCACAGUACAUUGGGGAAACUGCACACAAGGCAGUGUUCUACCUGAUGCACCUCGCUAACCAGACUAACAAGUUUAUGUUUGAGUCCUCUUUGUACCCGGCUAAAUUCCUGGGAUUUGAGCCCAUUGGGGAUAAUCCCUCUCUGGCCAAACUGGUCCUGCGUCAUAAAGGUGAUGAAGUGGAUGAGUCUUGCGAGGUUUCUUUUUCUGACUGUCAUGCAUUUAAAAAUGCCAUCGUAACAAAACCAUCCUGUCUGUUUCAUUAAGGAUAAAUUGCUAUACGGACAACCUGCAGUACUGCUUGUCCGUAGGAUCGAGCCAUUACUGCUCACAUACAAAAACGAGACUUACUAACAAUUUUCAUUUCAUUAUAGACAUCUUUAUUUCAGAAUGACCCUUUUCAAGUCUGUUUUAUUUCAUGUCAAUUUUCCCAGUGACACUUAUUUUAUGUCACAUUAAUGUACUUUUUGUGAUGACAAUUUUAAAUUGCUGUAUGUUUUUAUACUUGUAUCACACGUUUGAAUUUGUGAAGUGACUGUAUGAAGCUUUUUUAUACAUUAUAUUAUAUACCUUUUGCACUCUUCUGUUCAUUCAUUGUAUACAUUGCUACGUCAUAAAAUGUCAAAAUUUGAAAAGAA